AUGAGACGUGAAAUAUUAUUUCAGGAUGAUUUGGUUCAUGAACGUGAUAACAUUCGUCUGAAUACCACCGAUAAGAACACCAUAUCACUGGGAACGAAAGUUCUCAAGGGAACGUAUGUAUUGAAGAAUAUGGAGCAUGUUGUCUUCAUGGUGAUCGCUCGCCAAAAGAACGAACGCAAAACCUUCAGGAUUUCAAGGCGAAGAAAAAAGCCUUUCCUGGUGUGCACAGAUGUAGCUGCUCGUGGUAUCGAUAUUAGCGGUGUUCCAUUUUUGAUAAACGUUACACUUCCUGAUGAAGCGGCUCAAUAUGUGCAUCGUAUUGGACGUGUUGGACGAGCAGAGAGGUUUGAUCGUUUCUUAGGUCUACUCGAAUGA